GCGCCCGCCCAGCGAGGACUCCAUGUCCCAGCAGGUCUCGCGCGCAGGGGCGAGUGGGACCCGCUCAGGACCUGCGAGGCGGCCGCGGUCCCCCGCCCCCCCCCGCCGCGCUGCCCUGCUCGGUGCCCGGCCCGGUGGCGCCAUGAGCUGGGAAGCGCGGCUCAACUCCCUGCUGGCCGAGACCGACUCCGGCGUGGCGCGGGCCAAGCAGCGUCUCAACAUGACCAAUAUCCCCUCUAAAGUGGAUUCACAGCUUGACAAAAUAAGCACCGCGAACGCUGUGUUUGAUGAACGUCUGCUUGGAAGCCAGCAGCGGUGUCCCACCUGCAUGGGUCUCCCACACUGCAACAUGGCAGCAGAGAAGCUAGCAGCCAUCACCAGUCAGCUACAUUCCCAAACCAAGAUCAUCGAAUUGCUCACUCAGUCUGUGAAUCGACUGAAGCAAGAGAAAGAGUUCCAGCAGCAGCGGAUCAAUAACCUGGAAGGUAGUGAAGAGGAUGUUCAACGACUGCAGAACAGCUCUUACAGUAACUUGGAGACCUUGCUAAGGAGGAUGGAUGAGCUGAAAAGUGAACACCAUAAACAGCAACAAAAAGUGUUUCAUCAGCCCCAUGAAGACUGUGAAUCCCACACUGCGAUUCACCCCACUGUGAAUCUACAUCCCAGUGCCAACAGUCCUGGAGAAAUGAAAGAGAGCAGUGAAAAACUACUGUGGCAAGAUUAUGUCUGCGUGAGGAAAGAGUUGGAGCAACUGAAGCGUAAAGUCAAUCGACAAGAGGAAGAGCUGUUGAACCAGAUGUCUGCAGCUGAUGAAAUGAAGAGAGCUCAAAGUCGAUCCUGCAGGGUGUUGGAAGAUCUGUUGAGCAACCGCAAAACACAGUCUUGCAGUUUAGACCAACCCAGGAUGGAAAUGCAGAGCACCCAGCAGGAGCUCAGCCACAUCAGAUCUGCAGUCGCUGACCUAAAAGAUCAAGUGAAAAGUCUGUUCUUGAAGGCGAUGCCAUCCGCUGAGCUGGUAGAGAAGGACAGAGUUCAUUGGAAGGAAAGCAAGAACUUGCUGAGAGAAGCAGAGGGUUUUUCUCCAUCCUCAGGUGAAGAUUCCACCUCAGAGCUCAGCCUCAAGGACUUGAGCUCUGAUGAGCUUUCCAGCACUGUAGAGAUCAAGGUGCCUGAAGAUUCUAAAGAUAUCUCCACGCUGUGUUUUGAGCUGGAGGAGAGUAAUGCUGAAGAAGAGGCUGGAAAUAUGCUGGAUGCAGACAAUGACCUCAGCAGUGACCUGUCUGACAGUCUGCCUGAACUCCAUCUGAGCGACCUUUAAUGCUCAGCCGAAGGAAGCCCACUUUACCAUAAGGAGUAAAUAAAAGCCCCCAGGAAAGACCAGUGUGAAAGGAAACACUCUGAAGCCUGUGAGAGUCAUCCUGUGGCAACUGAUGUGUCUAAUUUCAGAACAAAAGUACUUCUAAAGGAGAGAGGAUUAAAACAGCGGAGGGGAGAAGUUACCCUGUGGGAGAUUGUCAACAGAUGUUCCAUUAUAGUUCAAAGAGCAUUGGCAAAAGGCUUCUGCUGCAGGGAUAUAUUAAUUCUGGGCAGUUCAUCACAGGGAGACCUGUUUUAUGAUUGGGAGGAUGCUUCUGGUAACUUAGCUCUUUCUUUAUUUGAACUGUGGGUGGGGGAUUGGGUCUACCUGUAAAUAGAGAGGGAGCUGAACAGUAGGAACAAACAUGCACUUAUUUUCUUGCAGCUGUGACUACUGCCUGUCUGAUCAAGAUCAAGCUGGUUUUGUGGUUCAGGGAGUUAUUUGGCUGAUGAGUCUUUCAAAAGAAAAAUUAUUACAGAGGAACUGAGGCUAACCAUUGUUAAGCUGCUGGUGCACAUGAAGCAGACCUGUGCUAAGUAUAUCUUUCAAGUGUAUUUAUUAGACAGGAAGCAGGAACAAGCACAGGGAAGGCUGUGCAGGCUGUCAUGCAGAUGAGUACGUUAAUCCCUUUGGUCCUUAAAAUGCACAAAUCUAUCAAGUUAUGAUACUGCCUGGCACCCUAUCUGCACUUGGGUCAGAGCUGUGCUUCCUUCAUAAUGAUUGCUUGUAAAAGUUUAUUAACAUUGCAAAAUAAGCUGUGGCAGGGGAUCUGGUUUGCAAGCUGUGUAUCCCUGGCCAUAACUGAAAGGUCCUCUUGUGGGCAGGUCUAAGCGUUUUACCUUCUGAGACUGUUUUCAAGUUGUGCUUUGGGAAAAGGUUGAUUUUUGUCCGGAGUAAGAGUAUAAACAUGCCCCCUGCAGCACUAGACUGGGGAAGAGUCUUCAUUUAACUGUGAUAGGAUGGGAAGUUUGAAGGUCAUGAUCAUCUUCCAGUGUCUUAGGGGUUAAAAAAGUGGUGAAAGCAGUGCUUGAUGCCAAUCUUCAGAGGCCAGAAGUGGCUGGUACUAAAGAUCUGUUUUGUUCUGAAUGCAGCUUCCAAAUAAGGGCCUAACACUGGACACUUGGAUGCUAAGCAGUCAUGGUCCUAUAGCUUUGCUUACUGCUAGCUAACGUAUCAGUAUGGCCACAGAUUUGGCUGUUCUAUGGACAGGAAGCAAAUGAAUCUUCUUUUCUUUGGGGGGGAUGGAAAGGAGGAUGGGAGAGAAGAUCCCUCUCUCACUUUCUGCUGUUGCAGUGAAGCAGAGGUAGCAAUUAGAUGGAAACAUCCCUGGCAGAGGUUCAAGAGGUACCCUUAGAAGCACCCCUCCCCCUAGCCCCCAUGACAAAUCCACAUGUAUACUGAAUUGAAUAUUGUCAUAGAAAAUUAAGUAUAAAUAAUGUGGAGGCGUGCAGCCUCCUGUUUCCUUCCUAGGCAUCUGGGAAAUGACAGUAGGCAUUUUCUCUUCUCCUCUGGGAAUAAGAAGAACUCUGCUUGGCUGCUGGCUAAAAGCUUCCCAGGUUAUGCAUUAUUUCAUAGCCUUCAUUACUGAAAGUUUAUUGCUCUGCCUCCCUGGCUUGCUUUUGUAGUCCUGCUCCCUGGAUCAGUGCAAUGCCUCUUUCUUUCUGCUUUAAGAGGUGGUGAGCAUGGGGGGAUUAUUAUCCAUGGAAGUGCCUUGUGGGGUUGUUGGUCUUUCCUGUUUCACGCGCUGCUUUGUCCACUUUAGUGCUCCUCACAGCAGUUUCUCUGCCUCUGUGAAGAGUCUGUACCCUCAUCUGUAGACUUGCAGUGUGACAUGAUAGAGAAGAUGCACAGUGUCCAAGCUGAACUACACACACUGAGUCAUGAAAAGCAACUUGAGUGGGCAGAGAACUAGAAGGUAGCACAGAUAUUCCUGCCCUUGGCACAGCACCUCUAGCAGCACUGUCACGCUUCAGCUGCUCAAACAUCCUUUCCUCUAAAUGUGAGCCUGAAGAUGGGGGGAGGAGGAGGGUGGAAAAGGCAGGUGGUUCUCAGACUCUACUUCUCUGUCAAAGUUUUUUUUCCUGUCAAUGUUUGCUUUACUGCAUGGGGAGGAUAAGCCCACACAACUGUCUCAUGCUCCAUCUUCAAACCUGGCAGCCUCAGAGAUUGCAGAGCCAGGUUGGGAGGUCAGAACUUGGCUGGGCAAAGGCAGCAGCCUCAUGCCUCCCCAAGCUGGCUGCCUGCAGAAGCCUGUCUGGCUGCUGCCUCUCCAGCAAAUGCAGGUCUAUUCUGUGUUAGCUUUCAACAACGCAGCUCAGCUCUUUGUUCAGCAGAGCAAAAACCAGCUCUGAGGGGGAUUCAUGAUGGAAUAGAGGGCAGGGCAGAAUAAAACACAAACCCCAACACAAACCAGCAUGAUGCUGACUUCAGACUGAGAAGACUGGCUUAGCUGUAGCAUGUUUGUUCUGUUGCUUCAUUCUUCUGUUCUGUGUGGCUGUAUCUUUGGGGCAGGAUGGAAAUGUCUGCAGGUCUGAGACAUCACCCCUGAAACUGUUCAGGUUACUCAGCAAGUGCUUUGCUUGUCAAAGAAGUCUUCUGGCUCAGCCCUUGCUGUAGAUCUCCAAGGAUUUGCUUUUCUAGAGUCCUCAUGGAAACCCUUUCAGUAAAUCAGGCCUUCAGUAAGCGUAAGCCCAAUGCCCAAGUAGAUUUUGCUUUUGCAGGAGAAAGUCUUGUAACACAAUGGGUCCAUAACCUGGUGAGCUGGGCUUUUUCACCCAAGCAUUGUAACAGACUGUUAGUUUAGGAGAGAUGUUAUCAGCUCUAUAGUAAGAGGUGGGCUUUUGAAACCAGCCCUGAGUGCUUGCCUCCCUGUGGGUCUGAGCUGCAAGGGGAACAGUUCAAAGCAGCUAUAAAGCUAAGCAAAAAGUAGUGUGUUGUUUCAGUUUGCUUUUUUUCUGUACUGUAGAAAGAAGCAUGAUAGAUGUUACUUAGGCUUGGAUUAGGCUGUCUUUGGGGAUGUUUCUGUAAAUAGAGUUUGGGGGUUACACUUGACAACAGAUGAGAAUAAUAAAGUAAUCUUAAAUCAGAGGCAAA